CGUUCCUUGUUACCUAAAGUAUGAGAAGAGCUAUUGGAAACAACAGAGAAAAACAUUUUGCGAAAUAGAAGUUGCAUGCAAUGAAUUAUUUUCCAUAAUGUUGAGGUGUCCGGAACUCUUCUUGGAAGAGGCCCCUGUGGUUCGAUUCUUGUAAACGACCACUUCCCAUAAGCGACCACUGAGUCCUCGCCUUUUGGGUGGUGGCUUACUAGAGAUUAAGAUAACAUAGAAAAGUAUUGGUCCCUUUGUGAAGGGACUUUACGAGGUUAAAAUGUUAUUGCAGAGAUUGUCGGUUUUCAUAUUACCAGAUAUAUUCCCAAACAAAAGUCCUCAAUACUCGCACCUUUAUUGAAAAGAAGUGAUCAAAUCUGUUUCUGUUAGUUAUGAACAUGUAACAUGUCUUUAUUUUCAGAUAAUUCACCGUGAUUUGUCUGCAAGGAACGUCCUUCUAGAUCAAAACUUUGUUUGCAAGAUUAACGAUUUUGGGUUGUCAUAUCAAAGCUUCAAGUAUGGCCACGGCAAUGCAAAAAAGGUACGCAAAUGUAACCUAUCAAACUGUAGCUCUUUGUUAAACGCUAAAUUAAUCAUUCUGAUAGAUUUAUUGACAAAGUUAACAGGGAAAAGUGGCGCUCGCCCUAGUAUAAUCCGAAUUCAGUUAAAGAAAGAGUUUCAUAGGUUUGUAUCUUAGUAGACUAAGAAGAACCCUUUCUUUUUAAGUCCCUCGAGCAAAACGCGCCAGUAAUGUUGAAGAAAAUAUUACGACUCCCUUUCCAGUCCAACUGUUAGUAGUCUCAAUGGCAAGGUACCCGCCAUUUUAGCAAAGCUAGAAUUGGCUUCUCCAAGUAAAUUUUUUCAUGACUGUAUUAGGUUAUAUAAACCGCUACAAUAAAACGAUACAAACUUGAAGCGCUUCAAGUUCUCUUUUUGUUCCCCCUAUGAAACUAGUACGGACUGAUCGUGUUUCAUAAAUUCUUUAAUAAUUCUCUUGAUUUCAACACAGUUAUAUUCUGUACUGUUCUUUUCCAACUUAAGUCGUGGUAGAAAAGAAACAAAAGAAAAAUGGCUACCCCGCACGCUUUUUUGUUGUUGCAAAUAUUUCCGAUGAUUUUCCACUGUGGUUGACAGAUCCGUUAUUGGUGAUCUUUAAUGUUAGAGAAAAAGGAAAUUCUCUCAUCAUCAUCCUUUAACACUAUAUUUACACUGUUUCCUUUAUUAUUGUUGAUCUAUGGUGGGUUCGUAUAAAUUAAUUUUGAUAAUUUCCAUAAAUAACAAUAACAUAUAUUAUUAACAUCUACGUAGUAGAAAGGACUUUUGUCAUCAGCAAACUGAUGAGAAAAAAUAAAGAUAACAGAAUAGAAAGUACAAUUUCAGCCCAGCUAGAUAAUGCUAGUAGACCUAUGUAAAAGAACAGCAUAUGUGUAUGUUAAUGUCUUGUCAAAUUGUUAUCAUAGGGCUGCAUCCCUGUUAAGUGGACGGCGCCUGAGAUUCUUUACGGAAAUCCUGCAGAACUUUCUACCAAAAGUGACGUGUAUGUUGAAAUACAAAUGAGUUAAUCUGAAAACAAUUAUACAGCAAGAUGCUUAACAGAAUAAAACGAUAGCACUGUUGAUAAUGACGGAAACCGGGGCAGGUGUGGAAUCUGAUAAACUCUCUCUUUUCUUACUCACCGCGUCCUUUAUAAUUUAUAGUCGAAAUUCCCUGCGCGUCCACUUAUUCAAGUAACAAAAUUAGUUUUCUUAGUUAAAUGUCGGUUUGGGUGGUUGCUUAAGGAAGGUUUUUUUGACCGCUUUGCAAACCGACGGCGAAUUCAAACUGCGACUUUCGAAUUAAAAUGAUCAUUCUCAAGAUCCAUUACUGCUGCCAAAAUUCUGAUAUGUAUUUUUCCUUGAACGGUAACAGCGUACAUUGAUAGGAUGUUUUCACCCAAAAGGAUUUCUUUCAAGCAUCAGUAAAGCAUAAAAAGUGAUUAGUGUUUCAUAGCUGAACAACUCAGAUAAUAGUAGUAAUUACGGAGCACAUUUGAAAUAUCAAGCAACAAGCAUUCUUUCUGAUUAUGUUUUCGUGUGGUUGCAGGUGGUCAUAUGGAAUCGUUCUCUACGAGAUAUUCACCAUUGGUAGGUGAUAUAUUAAAACUUUUUUGUUUAAACACAAAGAUUUUCACCUUUUUAACUUUUUGCAGAAAAAAUGUGUAGAAAAUUUACCUUGUAAAGAUCGCUCUAGAGAGUAUAAAGAAAAUUAAAAUAGGACUUCCUAGGUCCGUCUCCUAUAGUUGAUCACUCGCCACAGUAAUCUUAUUCCUAAAGUUACCUUCUGAGCGGGAACUAAUAAGAGUUAAAGGGUAGAAUGUGAUAGUUUCACCUGCACUCGCAGCUAAAAGUCCCUUACGUGGUCUCUGAGACAGAGAGAUAAUUCUAAGGGGACAGAUAUAAUUUAAGUAAUUGUGGAUUCCAAAAAUAUUUAAAUGCAAUACAUGAAAAUCAUUAGUCUACAGUGAACUAAUACAGUCUAACCGUUCCGUACUGACCUCCGCAAUACAGGCGACAUCUUUUUAAACUCUGUAUUACAGACAGUUGUUGCGAUCCUGACAUACAAAAAACUCCAUACAAUCUCUACCAUGAGGCUCUUGUAUUGCAAGUACGUAGCUCUAUCCCUCUGGUGUACGUAUCAAGGAAGUAUGACUGUAAUUGUUUAUCAGUAGGUCAUGACUAUAAAACGUCCAGAAUGAACAUUCCAACUGGUGAUUAAUUUCCUUAAUAACCCUGUUUCUGUUUCUAAACGUUCGUUCAAUAAUCUGUAAGUAAACAUGUCUUACGUUUCUAAUCCAAAAAAGCUGAAAAUCGGGUAAUAUCUUCAAGAUUGAAUAACGAAAUAUACAUCUUUGACAAUUCACAGGAGGUAUUCCAUAUCCAGGCUGGUCAGAAGCCAAAACAAUUGCGGAAAUUAAAAAUGGGUAUCACAUGCCAAAGCCAGAACACGUCGACAACACGCUGUACGUUUCACGUCAUAAACUUAUUUAG